AUGGCCCGGGCUGCUGCCAUGUCUGGCUAUCAGCAAUGGUUGCAAAUGUCCGAUGAGGUAAAGGCCCAAGCGCAUGCUCUCACCCGUGCUUUCUGUAACGAAGGCCCUCUGCAUGAUGAAGUUGUUGAUUUCAUAAGCGGUACUCCACGGCAGCAACUGCCAUUGCUCAUGCGUGAGGCUGGGCGAUUGCUUUUCGUUCCGGUUAACGAAAUCAGCGUAGAGAGACUUCAUGCGCAGACACACAAGCAACUGAAGCACGUCGGGCAGUUUGAGUUGUUGGGUAGCACGAAAACAUUCGACAAAGUAGCCAAGCAAAUUGUGUACCACUUAGACAUUCCUUCCCAGUUCUUGCCGAGCUUGCCUGCUUUCAAGAAGUCAGGCGGGGGUGGAGGUGGUGGCGGGGGCAGAGCGGAGGAUUCGUCUCUGCAACAGCUGCAGCAGCAUCUCCUUCUGGAGAAGUUUCGCAACAACCACAUGCCAGGCACUUUCUAUACUCUAAAAAAGUCAGAUGUUGAUGACUUUCUCGUGGCUGUUAUUUUGCCGGCCCUGUCUGUGUAUGAUGUGCCAAAACGUGAUGAUGAUGAUGAUGAUGGUGAUGACCUUAGUUUGCGCCAGCUUCAGUGUGAUGGUGAGCAGGAUGGUGUUGAGGUUUCCGGGGACGGGGCAGCAGGAGCAGCUUAG